AUGGACUAUGAAGCUGCCCAGCUGGAAAAUCAACAUGUGCACAGCGUCUAUGAGAGCACAGCUCCGUACUUCAAUGAAGUGCAAAGUAAGGCUUGGCCGAAGGUUCGACAGUUUCUGCUGGAUCAAAAGCCAGGCAGUCUCAUUGUGGAUAUAGGCUGCGGUACAGGCAAGUACCUAAGUGUGAACGCCGAGACGUAUAAUCUGGGCUGUGAUUACUGUGAGCCUCUAGUGGAGAUUGGUAGGAAUAACAACCUUGAGGUCAUGGUGUGUGACAACCUGAAUCUGCCUUUUAGAGACCAGUGCUUCGACACUGUCAUCUCAAUUGGAGUUAUUCAUCAUUUUUCCACCAAACAAAGAAGAAUCCGUGCAAUAAAAGAAAUGUCCAGAAUCCUGCUUCCAGGUGGUCAGAUAAUGCUAUAUGUAUGGGCCAUGGAACAAAAGAGCCGCAGGUUUGAAAAGCAGGACGUGUUUGUGCCAUGGAACAAAGCUUUGCUGCCUCGAUGCACCUCUGACACAAGCCAAUGUGAAAGCAGACAGAACUCUGCUUUGAAUUUCAAGCAGCACAACACAGCCUUGAAGUCAAUGAGAGAAGAUGAGACCAUCAAUUUACAUAAUCUGAGACAAACGUUGGAAUCUAAACAAGCACACAAUUCCGGCAACUGUAUAGCAGCUGAAUCGUGCUGCAUUAAGUUGUCUAAUGAAGACACAAGACUCUACAGUGCCAUUGGAAGAUCAAUCCGUUCCUGGUUCUUCUCUCGAUCCCUUGAUGAGUCCUCUUUAAGGAGGCAGAUAGACAAAAUGAAAUCUCUGAGCCCUGUCAGUGGUUGGGUGAAUAGUACUGUAUCCGUGCAGCCAUCACGACACUGUAGUCUAGACCUUGGACAUCAGAGAUUAAUACUCAAGGAGCACAGCUUUGAUGAUGAUGAUGUUUUCAUUAAAAACAGUUCACACGAAAAGCAGCAGUGGUUUCUAACUUUAGAUUCCUCAAAAACAUCAAAUGGAAAGCACUGUGAAUUGGCUCAGGAUGGCACAAAGCAAGCUGAUUUUCAGACAGAGUCUAAGCACUGCAGUUGCAUUUGUAGCAAUGAGAGCGAUAAGCGUAACCAAAGCAGAGUAUUAAAGAGAACAUCUACCACCGAGUCCAGCGAUUCUGUCCUGGAUGAAACAGUAGCUGCUAGCGAUCAGGAGGCUGAUACGUCAGACUCCAAGGCAUUUUUGAGAUAUUACCACGUGUUCCGUGAGGGAGAACUACGUAGUCUUUUGGAGAGUGAUGUCCCAGAACUGCAUAUUAUCAGUUGCUGCUUUGACCAUGGCAACUGGUGUAUAAUUGCAGAAAAGAAGUAA